AUUUUAUCAAUAAGAGUAUUGAAAAUAAUUGAAAUCAAGUCUGAGCCUUUAAUAUUUUACUUAUAAAUUGUGUAUAAAAUGAUUUUGUAGCAAUUUUUGAAUACAUGAAAUAAAGGUUAGAUAUCGUCUUGUACAAAAAAUUAAAAAACUUCUUAAUACAGAUUCUGCGUUGUCAUAUUUUCCCUUUUUAUUGCAUUCCAUAGUGAUAAUACCUGGUUUUCUACCUUGUUGACGAAGGGAUUUUAUGAGUAAGCAAACAACCCGUAUGUAAAUUCUCAAUAAGAGGAUAAACGAAAUGCAUGGUGUUAUUUUAAAUAAAAAAUCUGAGAAAAAAAUAGAAUAAAUGUGCCAUAGAGUUUAACAGUCAUAAAAGAGGAAGCGUAUUAUAUAUCUGAUGAUUACGAAAUAGAAGAGGAAGGAAUGGAUCUUAAUAAAUUUAUUAUAGAAAGAGUCAACCCGGAAAAAUCAAUUGUUAUUGGAAGACCUUUUCGUUUAAACAUUGUUAUUGAUACAAUAAUCUCUUUGUAUGUCAAAGGAUUUGAAAUUGUUUUAUAUCUCGAAGUAAUAACAAAUGUAGAAUCAAUAAAUGGUCCACAUAAUCCAGAUGAUAUUAUAAAGGGAAGAGGACGUAUAAUAAAAUCAAUUAUAGAUAAAAAAUAUAUAAUAAGGGAUGAGUCAGAAGAUUCUCUCCGUUUAUUAAGAGAGGGUGAAACCAAUUGGCAAAUAGAAUUUCUAAUACCAGAAGACAAUCCGCAGACAAUUGUAACUGAUGAUUCGAGAGGAUCAAUAAAAUAUAAAGUGGAAUGUUCAAUAUCAAAUGUCGACGAUCUAACAAGAACAUCUUGUAAAUAUCUAGACGUCAUUUCACCGAAAAGUAUUGAAAUACAAUCUAAAAAAAAUUAUUCUUAUACUUUUGAAUAUUUUCCGAAUAAUUUAAUUAAUCGAAAUGGUAAUAUAAAAAUUGCAUUCGAGAAUAGAAACUUAUUCUUACCUGGAAGUACAGUAAAUUUUCAUGGAUUUAUUCAUAAUACAAGUGGCUUGAAAAUAAAGAAAGUUCUAGUUCAAUUAAUUAGUAUAUUUAAAUAUACCUUUGGUGCAAACUUCCUCUGCUAUGAUAGACAGAACGACAAAUUGAACGCUUACGAUACAAGUGAACAUUUACCAUCAAAUCUUGAAUUAUUUAGAGGACCUAACUGGACCCGUGAAACCGUACUGAGCUCAUUCGAAUUUAAUGACAUAUCAAACGGUGCAUUAACUAAUUUUGAGGAAGCGUUAUUGGUUCCACACGACAGUAUUCCCAGUAAAGUUUUAGAAGGUCAAAGUUUAAUAACGCAUGACUAUUUUAUUCGAAUCGAGACCCAUUUUCAGCAAGGAGUGAUAAAGCAUGACAAGAAAAAACUUAUAAACCAUCAAGUUAUUAUUUCAAAUAAUUUUAAUGAGGAAUUGGAAGAAUUUCCACCCUUAUACACGUCCCCAACAGACUGUUGUAGGUUGGAACCUCUAUUCACCUGCUAGUUACUUUCUAUCCCUUUUGCGUUACUCGUAUCACUCCCUCUGGCUUAUUAAAUUACAAGUGCUUAAUAACUUUUAUAAUUUUGUUAUGCCUAUGACAUUUGUGUAAAAAUUCAACCUUAGUAUUAGUCACGUGGGUCCAGUGCAGGCCAUGAAAUUUUUAGCUGCCUUUAAACAGCUUUAACAUCUUUUUAUAUUUUGUUUUGUACAAAAACCAACUCUUAUUUUUUUUAUAUUAAAAUCUUGAUAGUAUUGAUAAUCGUAAAUGACUGACCUCUGUUAAGAAAACUAUAAAAUAAUUAAUUAAAUAACCGUCAACAUAAAUUGUUUUGAAGUAAUCAAACAAUAAUAGAAUGAUAAAAAACCAAUAUUUCAAAAUAUAACUAUUAUUGUUAAGUAUGAAGAAUCUACAAGGCAUCUCUCUAUAGUAUUGCUUUAAUUAAUUAAUAUUCGAGUUUAAAUUAGGCUAAUUAAAUCUCUUAAAUGUUUUAAAAGUUUUCAAGUAAAAGAUUAGUCAUUAAGGAGGUAACCAAGAAGGAUAAUUAUUAAAUGAGUGUAUAUAAUCUUUAUAUGAGACAAAAGAAAACACUGAAAGCUUUUUAAAAGAUAACUCACAUCUAAAAUUAGUUGACCUGUAAACUGUGUAUACUCUUUAGAGUUACUAUAUAAUUUUUUAUAUCUAUAUUGUAUUCCUUCACCUGAAUAUUUGUGAUCAUGAUUGAUUGUUUUUAACAAAUUAAAACUUUUAGAAAAUGAGAUAGUAGCUGAUGAAGCGUAAAUACAGUAUAAUUAAAGAUUACUCUCCUUAUUUUACCCUUUAUAGACUUUUUUCAUAGAAAUAUCUUUAGGCUUGACAAAGUUUUAAAGUUAAUAAAUUUUUCUAAGUAAGCCAACUCGCUAAAAUCUUCCUAAAUGAGGAAAAUUUGUAAAGAGCAAACUAUAUUUGGCAUCCGCGAAACACGUCGUCUUAUUGGCGUUAAGGAAGAUCACAUCAAGUCGAAAAUCGGUUUAUUAGAGGAUGAGUGAUACCCUUUUCUCUUGAUUAAAGAUGAAAAAAGAAUUGUUCUUGUGCCACCUAAAGUUUUAUGUCAACUAGAGAGAGAGAGACAGGCGGAAAGAGAAAGAAAAGAAGAAGACGCAAAUUUAUUCAUUUGUAUAUAAAUAACUUUAUUUGCUACUUUAAACAAAGUAAUUCUAUUUUUCUUUUAUAGUCUUUAUAAAAGAGCAGAUAUUUAAAUAUAAACAAUUUCUUUCUUUUUAUUAUCCUAUAAAAAAGGAAUUUUUGGAAAUGUUACUUGACAUUAAUCUUUAAGUUAUCACUAUAUUCUUGAGUUACAAAUAUAAUGAGGGAUUAACGAAAAACUAACACAAAGUUUGUAAAGGUUAGCGUUCUUUUUUUCCUUCUCAAUAUAGAUUGACCAUCUGAUCUUUUUAAUAGUUUAUUCCCAUUUCUCUUUUUGUCCUUCUUAUCAUCUUUCCACCCACCCAAUUCUUAUAGUAGUUUUAUAAUCACGUUAGCAUUUUCUUUUCUUUAAUGCUAAAAACUCAAAUAUCGUAUUACUGCCAUAGAAAAUGAUGUCUUUAUGUUAUUAUUUCUUGAACAUAGAUGGCGUUACGGUAAAUAAUUUAGGAAAAAGGAACGGAUAACAAAUUUUAAUCGUGUAAGGAAUGAUUGAUUAAUAUAAUAGAAAAAUCACCUACACACUAUACAUAGAUGGCUAGAUUUACUUAUUACAUAUAUUAUUAUAUUUGAAAUAAGAUUGAAACGCAGAGUUCAUAAAAUGUCUAAAAUGUCUCUUUAACCGAGUAAUUAAGUGUAAGAAAUCCUCUUUCAUUCUUUAGCUAUAACACUAUUUAAUGUUUGUCGCAUGCUCAAAGGUUAAUGAUGGGUAUGCAUCGUUCUCGCUCAGUUUGCUAAUAUUUUCCUCUGCAGUUUUGAUUAAUGGAAGAGAGAAAGAUUACAAACGCAGAUGGAAUGGUUUUUUUAAUUUUUAUAUUUAAUACAGUCUCUAUCUCUCUCUCUCUCUCU